AUGAGCAGCCAGCGCCCGAACUGGAUCCACGAGCAAGCGGCCGAGUACGCGGACCUCGUGAACGACUCGAGCUUCGCCAGCGUCUCGGGCCCUGUGAGCGACGAUCCGAACGAGUACCAGCUCAUCUGGGAGGGCGGCGACCUUGGCGUCGCGCUCACGACCAACCCCAGCGGCAGUGGUGUCAGUGUGAGCCGCAUCACGGGCAAGGGCUUUCCCCAAGGCAUCAAGAGCGUCGUGCCCGGCGAUGUGCUCUUGGGCGUGAACGAGCUCGAUACGCUCUACUUGACGCUGGAGGAUGUCGUGAAAUUCCUGCAAGAGUGCGACCUGCCAGCCACCCUUCGCCUCACGCGCGUCGAGAACGUGGCCACACACAUGGCCGCCAACCCGCGCCCAUCGAGCGGUCGUUCGAGCGUCAAGUCGCGCCCAUCGUACCAGCGUCAGACCUACACACCGCCGACCAAGGUCCAAGCGCCUGCCAGCGACGUUGUGACGAGCCCGACCAACGCCGGCCGGCCGCUGUCGUCCAAGAAGAAGGGCAUUGCGGGCGCGUAUGGCCGCACGUCGUACCAGCAGCAGCAAUCGGUCGCGGCGCCGUCGAUGCCCAAGUCGGAGCCCGUCGUGAAGAAGCCGACGCCGGCCCCUGCGCCGGUCGUCUUUGAGGACGAAAGCGAUGACGACGAUGAACCGAUUGUGAUGCCCACGAUUCCCGCGGCGCCGCAGACGACACUGAAGUCGCCGUACAUGACCCCGCCGGCCGCGACGUCGGCCGAGAAGCCAGCGCCGACAAAGUCCAUCUUGAAGCCGUCGCCGCACCCGAACGCGCCCAUGAAGCCGCCGUCGCCGAUUCACGUGGCGUCGACGCACGACAGUCUUGGCUUCUCGGACGACGGUCGGCCGUCGGCGCCCGUCGGCGACAGUCUCCGCGGCUCGGCGACGUCGAAUGCAUCGACAGCGAUCGCGAUGAGCGAGCACAUGCAAAAGAUGUCGUUUAGCAUCGACGACGAGCUCCCGGCGCCCGAGCGGAAAAAGUCGGGGGCGAUCGCGAUGAUGGACGAGACUCUGGACGAGCUCCCGAUCCUCGACAACGACUCGAUCCACGACUCGUUCAUCAAGCUCGUCGACGAAGAUGCGGCCGAGCGCGAAAUGAAAGAGGAGCUCAACCAGGUCUUUGAGGACGACGAAGACUACGAGAACGAAAUCGAGGGCUCGGACUCGGGCGAGGACGACCACCCUAUCGAGCUGCCGCCGUCGACGCGCGCGCCCUACAUGCCCGAGGUCCGCGACACGAUGCGCUCGGGCCCCGAGUGCCUCCUGAAGCGCGAGCCCAACCACGGCCACACGGCGCUCCACUUGGCCGUCAAGAGCGGAAACGUGCCGCUCGUGCAGAUGAUGCUCGACCAGUUUGCGGGCAUGGGUCCGUCCGCGGAGCUCCUCGCGGUCGAGGACGACAAGGGCAACACGGCGCUGCAUUUCGCGGCCACCAAGACACCGCACAUGGUGCACUUGCUGCUUGAGAACGGCGCGCCGGUCAACGUCAAGAACUCGCGCGGCCUCACGCCGCUUGUGAUUGCGAUUUUGACCAACAAGAAGGACGACAUAAUCAUUGUCAACAUGCUGCUCAAGUACGGCGCCAACCCGAACGAGAUCCAUGAGACGGCGACGAUCGUGCACACGGCCGUCAACAUGCGGCUCAUCAAGGUCGCCGGCGCCCUCGUCAAGGCCGGCGCCAAGCUCGACGUGGAAGACUCGGACGGCAAGAACGUGUUCGAAAAGUGCUCGCGCACGUCGCUGCGGUACCUCCUCUCGCACAUUUACUACCCGCCGACGUUUAUCUCGGAGAAGGAGCGGUCGGCGUGCAUGCUCUGCCUCAAGAAGAUUGGCUUUGGUCACCGCAAGCACAACUGUACGCACUGCGGCCGCCUCUGCUGCACGGAGGACGCGAGCGUCGCCAUCCCGUUUGUGCAGUUUCCCCAAGGCUUUCCCGGUCGCAUCCACAAGGGCGCUGGCGUCCUCGAGGAAAAGCGAUGCUGCAAGACGUGCUUCAACAUCCUCCGCGAACGGGCGGCGGCCGCAGCGCCCAAGGAAACCGGCGGCUUUGUCUCGCGCGUCAUUGGCGUCGAGUGGGACGAAGUCAACCCGAACAAGCUCCAGAAGGUCUCGGCGCCUGGCCGCCGACGAGGCUAA